UUUGUACAAAACCAACAAAAAAAAAAAACACUUUGAAAUGAAAUGAAAAUCAAAGGAGAUUUCCAUGAUAAGUGAAAUAGUAAACGAUUAGUAUUUACUGGAUUUUCUGUGAAUUACAUCAAUAACAAAAUGCAGACUAAACUCUGUAACGGAUGGGACCCCCGCUUUGACUUACACAUUGUGCCGAGGGAAGAAUGGGCAGAGGGUCCUAGGAAGAGUUUGCCCCCCUUUACCAAGGCUGUGAAGUACGUAGUGAUGACCUACAACACUCCAGCCCCAAGAUGUUACAAUAAGGAAGAAUGUGUCAAAUCCAUGAGGGAACUCUACAAGUACUAUGUGGAGAAGAUGGAAAUGGAAGAUAUACCUUUUAAUUUUCUAGUGAGUCAUGAUGGGACCGUGUAUGAGGCACGGGGGUUUGUUGCCCAACCCUGUGGAUUCCUCCCUUACUUUAGGGAACACGUCGGCAACAGAUUUGACAUAGCUUUCAUUGGCGACUACGAACUUGAAUUAUAUCCUGACGUGAUGAUGAGUACGACUAUGGCCAUUGUCAAUAUGGGGGUCGACAAAGACGUUAUCAGAAAGUUCCAUGAUGCCCUGGAGUACAGGGAUGAAAAAAGAACACUACAAGCAGUGGCUGCAGUGAAGGAAAACAGCCCUUGGGAAAACUGGCAGCUCCAGUACAUUGCAGAGAAAGUUUAUGGGGAGAAAUUGGAAUAUAGGGAAUGUCAAAAAAGGCUGAAACAUUUAAUACCUAAAAAGAAUAUGCCGGUAGGAGAUUUGUGUGUCAUUAUGUGAGUCUUUGAUAAUAAAGUAAAUGCCUUUAGUAACUGUAAAGUAAGUAAAUACGUUUUAAGUAAGUAUAAAGUAAAUGCCUUUACUGCU